CGCAGGCGCCGCGGGAGGCCUGAGCCCGUGUCGUUGCCAUGGCUUCUUAAUCCGGCCGCGGCCAGCCCUGGGCAGCACAGCUAGCCGCCCUCUAGUUUCUCGGCGACACGGACGGGAAAGCGGAAGGAAUCCCGCGCGGUGGGUCCCGGUCGGCGGUGUGCAGGGAGCCUGGGGGCGGAGCGCCGGGGAGCCCAGGACCCCGGAAGGCGGCGGGGGAGCCCGGGAAGCGUUUUCUUCCCCAUUUGCCGAGUAUAGCGCCUCUCCCCAAGCCCGCUCCCACCACUCUUGAGCAGCCAGCGGCGUGGAAGAAUGGCAGUGAGCCACUCUUUGAAGGAGCGGACCAUCUCUGAGAACAGCCUGAUCAUCCUGCUGCAGGGCCUCCAGGGCCAGGUGACCACCGUGGACCUGCGGGAUGAGAGCGUGGCCCACGGACGCAUAGAAAAUGUUGAUGCUUUCAUGAACAUCCGUCUGGCCAAAGUCACCUACACGGACCGCUGGGGGCACCAGGUCAAGCUGGAUGACCUCUUUGUGACUGGCCGAAACGUCCGUUAUGUCCACAUCCCGGAUGACGUGAACAUCACUGCAACCAUUGAGCAGCAGCUGCAGAUCAUCCAUCGGGUGCGCAAUUUUGGUAGCAAGGGCCAAGGCCGGCGGGAAUUCCCCUCCAAAAAAUAUAAGUGAGGCUGUGCCCUCAGCAAGCUGCAGCCCCAACUCAGGUGCCCCCAGUGUUGUCCUGAGCCAGCUCCCUGCCAUCCCUCCCUGCCCAGAACCUGGGAAAGGAACAGGGCCAGCCCAGAAACUGGUGUCCCACAGACACCACCUGUCACAGCUGCCUUUCACAGGGUGUCAACCUCCCAGACUCACCCUGGGAUCCAGAAUCCUAUGUAUCUGUCUGUGGCCUUGGGAUAGGUGACAAUCCCCUUUUUGAUCAUUUGUAUCUGAAUCUCUGAUUUGCUGACUUAGGGAAUCUGUCAAAUAGUUUUCACCCCUCUCCCAGUGAGGAUCGGUAAAUGUGCUCAGCCUGAGACACCCCUCACUGUCCCCAUUUCUCUUGCAAUUACGUUCAUUUUCUCAUAAAACCAAACUUGGAUACAAACAA